CAAAUUCAAAAGUACACGUCAGUAUCUGAGGGAGGAGUUUGUGGCAAAUAGCCUCCCAAUGGCAAAUCAGUUUCACUUCUGCUGUAUUAAUGUGAAUGUGGUUUUGUGACUGUGCCCACAAAGGGCUCAUUCCAAAUACCUUACCACGGCCAAGAAACUGCCACCAUCUCAUCUGGGGACUCUUGGAACCAAAGCAGACGAGGUAUUCUUUUUUUCUGUUCAAUGACAUCUGGCUGGUUUUUCUAAGUGAACAAAACAAGAGUUCACGUAACAGAAAAUGGCAGAAAUGGAGGAUUUUGUGGGUCAAGAGCCAUGCCCAGCUGACGAUGGUUUAUUUAAAGAACCCAUAAAAAAAAGAAGACGAUCUGAUCGAGACCAACGAUUUCGAGCAUUUCCCUCCGUGGAGCAAAGUGCUCUUAAGGAAUAUGAAAAGUUGGAGUCACGGACCAGAAGGGUUUUGAGCAACACUUACCAGAAACUUAUUCAGUCUGUCUUCCUAGAUGACAGCAUUCCUAAUGGAGUCAAGUAUCUCAUAAACAGACUUCUUGUUUUGAUUGAAAAACCAUCAUUGGACCCAAUCUACAUUGGAUUAUUUGGAAGUACUGGGGCUGGGAAGAGCUCCCUGAUCAAUGCCAUCAUCCAGCAAGCGAUGUUUCUACCAGUGUCUGGAGAGAGCAUAUGUACUUCGUGUAUAGUACAAGUGAGCUCAGGCUGCUGUGAGCAGUAUGAGGCCAAAAUUCACCUUCUCUCUGACCAAGAAUGGAAAGAGGAGCUGAAGAACUUGACUAAACUCCUGCACAGGACAGAGGAGCUGGGUGGAGAAGAGAUGGAUUCCUGGGACAGGGAUGAUGCAAUGGAAGAAGCCAUCUGGAAGCUACAAAUGAUCUAUGGAAAUGGGGCGGAAAAGAAGUCCUAUGAGGAGUUACUAAGGGCCAAACUCAGAGUGAAGAUUCCCACUUCAAGAAUCAUCACCCUCAAAGUGGAAGAGGCAGAAGAGCUGUCAGUCAGGCUGGAUCCCUACAUCCGGACUCAGAGGCGCGAAUGGGAUGGAGGAUCCCCUGAGACACAAAUCUGGCCCUUGAUCAAAUAUGUGGAAGUGACUCUUCCCAAAUCUGAGCUCAUUCCAGAAGGUGUCGUGCUGGUGGACAUUCCAGGCACAGGUGACUUCAACAGCAAGAGGGAUGAGAUGUGGAAAAAGACCAUUGAUAAGUGCUCAGUGAUCUGGGUGAUCAGCGACAUAGAAAGAGUUUCUGGGGGAAGAGCCCAUGAAGAUCUUCUGAAUGAGAGCAUCAGAGCCUGCCAGCGAGGUUUCUGUGGGGACAUUGCCCUGGUGAUUACCAAGACUGACAAACUCCACCUGCUUGAAUAUCUAAGGGAAAGAAAGGUGGGAAAUCAAGCUGUCCAAAGUCAGCGAGAGGCUGUUUUAGAAAGAAAUGAAAUGAUAAAACUACAAAGGAAUAGAAUUCUCAAGGAAAAGCUGAAGAGAAAACUUCCGGCUGACUCCAAGAUUCUGGAAGCCUCAGACCUGGUGUACACAGUCAGUGCUCAGGAGUAUUGGCAGCAGGCCACCCUCACUGAGGAGGAAACUGGAAUCCCAAGGUUAAGAGAAUAUAUCAGAAAAAGGCUCUUGGAUGAGAAGAGGAGGACAGUGACCAAGUAUAUCACCGAAGCCUUUGGCCUGCUGCUCCUCACAGACAGUUUCAGCUCCACGGAAAAGCUGCUGAAUGAACAUGUGCUUUUGAGUGGCCUGCGGAGGUUUGUGGAGGAGAAGAUAGAGCAGCUGGAGAAGGCCAUUGGGCAGUGCUUUGCCCACAUCGAGCUGCCCCUACAAGAAGAAGCCCGGAUUUCCUACCGACGCAUCCUUGGGGCAUGCCUGGUGAGGAGUAAAGGAAACCAAGGUUUUCACCAGACUCUGAAAGCUGUUUGUCUGAAAAAUGGCAUCUAUGCCUCAAGGACCCUGGCAAGAAUCGACCUGAACGAAGCCAUCACUCAGCCCAUCUAUGACCAAAUCGAUCCUGUGUUUGGAAGCAUUUUUAGGACUGGGAAGCCUGCUGAAUCAGCUUUAAUGCCUCAUAUCUGUGCUUUUAAGCACUCCCUACAGGAGAAAAUGAUGGAAAUUGGAAUAAGAAAUGGCUGGAAAUAUGAUAGCUGCAAAAAAAGUUUCCUGGUCCAGGAGAUAAGUGCCAUCCUGGGAGGCCUGGAGGGACACAUCCUCAGAAGGAAGAGGAGGAUCUAUGAGUCUCUCAGCACCUCUGUUCAGAACGACCUGAAGCCCUGUUAUGAAGAGGCAGCUCAGAUCACUGGCAAAAAAGCAUGUGAGAGGAUGAAAGAUGUCAUCAGAAGAGGAGUGGACCGGCAGGUGGCUGAGGGCAUGUUUGAAAGGGCUCAAGAAAGGAUGCAGCACCAAUUUCAGCAGCUGAAGAACGGAAUCACAGAGAAGGUGAGGGGCAGUAUUGCCACCAUGUUGACCCUUGCUUCAUCCCAUGGGGAUGGUCUCUACAAGGAACUGGCAGAUGUCAAGAAUGAAUACAAGGAGAUGGAAAAGCUACAAAGAAGCCUGAAGGAGGUUGCUGAGAAUGCCCUGUUGCGGCGAGGCAUGCAAGAUUUCCUCUUGAGAAUGUCCCCCAGUAAAGCUGGCUCCCCAAAAUAGAACUUUAAUUCUUAGAGCUUAAUCCUGAGGGGAUGAAAAAUAAGCAUAGAGCUAAACAAUUUAAUUAUUUCUGUUUUGCGAAAUCUAAUAAAGAAUAUCUUUCAAAUGUUUGGGCUUUAUGUACAAAAUAAAAUGCAAUAUAUUGUUG